CAUUCCCUGCUUGGGCCUUACCUUUGAUGUCACAAUCUGACCUGCAGAUAUUAAUCUGGCCACUGCUGCUCCCAAGCCAGAUGACAAGGUCAAGAGGACCAGCACAGUAAGAUGUGGAAGAGAACUGGCCAUCAACCCAAGAUCAAAACAAGGGAUGGACCUCAAGUGGGUCAGUUCAAGGAACCGGAUUCAGCUCUGGAACCUACCGUGCCACACCCUCCUGAGCUGCCAGAACUGCAGAGCUUCCUGGUGUUUGAGGACAUUAGCCACCACAUCAAAGAAGCAGGGGCCCAAAUGGUGAAGAAAGUGAAUGCCAUCUUCCAGCUUGACAUCACCAAAGACGGGAAGACCAUCCUGCAGAGGACCAUUGAUCUGAAGAACGGCUCUGGGGACAUGUACCCAGGAUCUGCCAGGCUCCCAGCAGACACUGUCUUCACAAUCCCGGAACCUGUCUUUAUGGAAUUGGUUUUGGGUAAAAUAAACCCUCACAAGGCUUUCCUUGCCGGCAAGUUCAAAGUAAGUGGCAAAGUUCUGCUUGGCCAAAAGCUGGAGAAGGUUUUCAAAGACUGGGCUAAAUGUUAAGCAUGAAAAAAAAAAAUACCAAGGAAAUGAUUGGAACUUCUCUUCAGCUAAAAUGUUGAACGGAAAUCAUGCUUAAACUGAAGAUUAAAA